CUUUCAAGUCUUCCACAAAAAUAAUGCACUAAAAAAUAUCCUAGUUUGAAAAUUUUUUCUUCCAACAAGCGGUCCUCCUAGCUCGUACCAUUUCCACAGAUUCAUAGUGAAAAACUAUUUGUUCGCAUGUAGCCUCCUUGAACGCAGACCAGUUCCACUAUUAUUGACUUCUUGUGAAAUUUGAUAAGUCAAUGAGUCCAGUUUUGCUAGUGUUCACAUGGAUUGGGGUUCAUUGUUUUAUUUAUAUAUACUCUUCUGUUGUACGUUUGUAACCAAAGGGGAUAAAGGAAACAAAGACAAUUAUUCUCCAUUCACUAAUGAUGCCAAUUCUCUUCUUCCCUUUUCUUCUUCUCUCAGCUAUUUUCGCUCAACAGGGGCAAUCCCUUGUAAAGCCAGGCUCUUUCUUGACACCAACCACCAACUCUUCUUGGCCAUCACCUUCCGGUCUCUACGCCUUUGGAUUCUACAAGCAAGGCAACGGUUAUGCUGUCGGCAUUUUUCUUGCCGGGCUUCCACAGAAGACGGUCGUUUGGACAGCCGACCGAGACAAACCUCCAGUUCCCGCCGAUUCUAAACUGAAUUUCACAACUGAUGGACGCCUGGUUCUUCAAUCGGCACAAGGCGCAGAGACAGGCCUCGCCAGUUUUCCGGAAGGUGCAAGCUCAGUGUCGAUGCUUGACACGGGCAACUUUGUUCUCCUUAAUUCUGCUAAUCAGACGGUAUGGCAGAGUUUCGGCUUCCCAACGGACACCUUUUUGCCAACUCAGAAUCUUUCCCACGGGCAAGCGUUGUAUUCCAGUAUUUCAGAAACCAACAAGUCAACCGGCAUAUUUCUGGUGUUGAUGCAAGAAGAUGGAUGGCUGGCGAUGUACCCAGUUGGAACUCCAUACACGCUUGACUAUGGUUAUGGGGGACUUGGUAUAAGUGGGCAGAAAAAUGACGUGGUUCUGCAACUUGAAGCCGAUGGUCAUCUCUAUUUGAUCAAUGGCGCUGGCACUAUUAUAGUGAAUAUGACAGACGGAUAUCUUGCAAAAGAUGUGGUCUACCGAUUGACAAUUGAUCCCGAUGGGAUCUUGCGGCUAUACUCCCACGACAUGAAUCAGAAUGGCGAUUGGACAAUCAAAUGGUUUAAUCCAAAUAAUGACGUCUGUAUGCCAAAGGGUCUAUGUGGGAUUAAUGGAUAUUGUGUUGCAAUUGAUCUACAAGUUGGGUGCAACUGUCUUCCUCAAUUUGAAUUCGUCAACAAGGAGGAGAAGAGUUCAGGCUGUCAAAGGAAUUUCACUAUUGCAGAAAGUUGCAAGAGCGACAUACAUGCCAUGGAACCAGUGCCGAACACCGUAUGGGAGAAUAAUAAUUAUUCAAUUAUCAUAUCGACAACUCAAGACAAUUGCGGAGAAGCAUGUUUGCAGGACUGCAACUGUGAAGCUGCGCUGUUCAAAGACGGGGUGUGCACAAAACAGAGGCUUCCUUUGCGAUUUGGGAGAAGAGUUCAUACCGACUCAACCGUAGCCCUUAUCAAGGUAGGUAAAUCUACACCCACUAUAGAUGGAUAUCUGCCAAAAGAAAGCAAAAAAGAGCAUUAUCGAUUGGACAUCCUAAUUGUCGGUGUUUCAUUACUUGCUUUUGCAUUAGUUGUCUUGGCGAUUUCUGGAAUUGCAGUUUACAGAAUUCGUGUUUGGUCGUAUAAAGUGAUAUCUAAUCAUGGAAACACCGUCUUGGGAGAGGAUGUUGCUCCAAAAUCAUUUACUUAUGCACAACUUGAGAAAGUGACGGGUGGCUUUAAGGAAGAGCUUGGCAGAGGAGCCUUUGGGACAGUAUAUAAAGGGGCAAUAUGGAAUGGCGUCGGCCAGAGGAUUGUAGCCGUCAAGAGGCUUGACAAAUUGUUGGCUGAACGGGAAAGAGAAUUUCAAACAGAGAUGAAAGUUAUUGGGAGAACGCAUCACAAAAACCUUGUCCGUCUACUGGGUUAUUGCCAUGAUGGACCCAACAGGCUUUUGGUGUACGAGUACAUGAGCAAUGGGUCACUUGCAGAUGUACUCUUCACACCUCAAAAACAACUUUCUUGGAAUGAAAGAAUGGAAAUCGCUCGUAAGAUAGCGAAAGGAAUUCUUUAUCUCCAUGAAGAGUGUGAAUCUCAAAUCAUUCAUUGUGACGUAAAACCCCAGAACAUACUCAUGGAUGCACACAGAUGCCCAAAAAUCUCAGACUUUGGAUUGGCAAAAUUGUUGAAGGCCGAUCAAACCAAAACUUUUACUGACAUUAGAGGGACAAAGGGAUAUGUUGCUCCAGAGUGGCAUCGAAAGCUGCCUGUGACAGUCAAAGUAGAUGUGUACAGCUUUGGAAUUGUGCUGCUGGAGAUUAUAUGUUGUCGAAAGAGUGUGGACCAUGAUCGUCCAGAGGAAGAAGCUAUUCUUGAAGAAUGGGUGUACCAAUGCUUUGAGAGUGGUGAGCUUGGUAAACUAGUGAAUAAUGAAGAGGUUGACAAGAAACAAUUGGAGAGAAUGGCCAAAGUAGGGCUUUGGUGCAUUUUGGAUGAGCCCUCACUUCGUCCUUCUAUGAAGAAGGUUCUACUCAUGUUGGAAGGGACUGUUGAUAUUCCAACCCCCCCAAGUCCAACAUCUUUUCUAAGUGCCAUCUGAAAUGUUUUGGAUGUUCCAAUCCUCCAAAUCUGACAUCCUUUCUUCGUGUCUUCUAAAAUGUGUUUGUACUUGGAUUAUUCUUAGAAAAUAAGUCUUUUCUAGUGAUUUGUCUUUGAAGUUUUCUUUUGAAUACUGUGUAACUUGUAUCAAUGUUUCGGUGUAAGCAUUGAGUUUUUU